CCGGGUGGUCUUCGCUCUUUUUUAGCCGUUUUCAUUCUCUCUCUCUCUCUCUCUCUCUCUCUCUCUCUCUCGAUGCUUUCUUUUACUUUCAGAUUCUGAUAAUGAUAAGCCAUCAUCUUUAAUGGCGUCGGAUCUCUCUUUCGGUUCCACUGUUUGAACUCCGUUCACUAUAUCCCUUCUGCAACCCCACUGUCUGGCGCCUCGACGAUCUUAAUCUUAUAAAUAUUCGAAGUCUCCGGUUGUUUGGGAAGAUCAAACGUUCGAGUUAGGUUUUUAUUGCGAUCAACUAAUGCUCUGCGGCCUGUAAGUGAAGAUCACCCCCAAGCUUAGACAAUGAAGCCAGGAAAUUCUUCUUUGAAUCCAUAUGCAGUAUCUUACAUACCUCUCUCCAAACGAGUGGAAACUGGUGAUGGAACUUCCUGGUCUGGAGCUCCAUCUGAGAACCAUCAAGUGACUAAACAGAACAAAGUACAAGGAGAAGCUUCUCUUGACUUCAGCAUCCAUGGCAUUGAAAAACUACUCGAUUCCGAGGAUGGAACACAGAAGGGAACUCAUGAUUCAUGGUCACGGAAUCUAAAUGGCAAGACAGAAAAACAGGGAACUCAGGAAGAUUCUGAGAUCGAUCUGGCAUAUCUUAGCGCUAUGUUUCCUGGUAUAUCUGAUCAGUCACUUGCCGAUGUCUAUUCUGUAAAUGAGGGCGACCUGGAUGCAUCAGUUGAUAUGCUGCAUCAACUUGAGGUCUAUCCUGCAGACGUUUCUCAACGUCUUCCAGACUCCUUGGACGUUGGUGAUGUGUCAGGGAUUGAGUAUUCAUCCGAAGGCACAUCUGUGAGACCAAAUCAAACCACCCCUGGUGAAGCUAGUGGGUCUUUGUCUUCUUCAUUGAAAUCAGCCUCUUGACUUGUGCUCCAACAGCCUGCAGUGUGAGAAAGUUGGGAAAAGAAGAUUGAUGUCUGCUUUUUUGUGGAUUGUGUGGUGAGAAGUAAAAAAGCUUGGAGAGGGGGUAUUCUUUCCUCUGCUGAACUGAUAGAUAUCGACCUUGGUACAUGUUAUAAUUUUAGUUGCUGUGUUCAUUA